AUGACUGGCAAGGACCUUGGUGCUUGGCAUAUUAAGGACCUGAAGCUAUUGGUGUCAGUCAGUCCGUGCGAGCAGCUGUGCCUGCAGCUGCACGACGGCACCUUCGAGUGCGGCUGCGGCGCCGGGUACGUGCUGCACGUGGACGGGUACGGGUGUCUCGAACUGAACGCAACGCGGCCUUCAGAUAGCACGCUAGCCACAGAAGAAGACGUGUUGUACCAGAAAGAUGUCUCAAUCUCUGCCGCCCUGGAGCCCGAGGCCAAGAAAGUACCAGGAGUGCAGCCGGCCAAGGAGGUCGCGGUCACUGAGGCCACGGAGCAGCCUGAGGAGUACGUGAGGACGGGAGAAAGAUCAAAAGAGCUAGACGGCCUAGCAGACCUCAUAGAGGACGGCAUCAGUCGGACGGACCUCAACAUGAUAUCUGACUCUGAAGAUGGCCUGGUGGGCGAGGUGCGGAGACUGGCUACUGUCACUACUCUAGCGCCUAACUUGGAGCAGAAGAUGCCCACAGCGACAGUGGCGCCGCCGUGGACGGCCGCGGCGGACAGCUGCGACUGCGCGUGCGACAACCGCAGUUGCGACUGCGCACGCGCUGGCAAGUGCAAGCCAGGUGAGUUUAUGUUGUCCUGGUAG